GCCGUAUGUAUUUCUUAUUUCAAAAUCCAUAAUUUCAACGAGGCGUGAUUUAUUACUGAGAAAGAGAAUCCGAAAGCCAAGUGGAGAGAGAGAGAAGUUGAAUUUGAAAUUAGAUAACGCCGAUUUUCUACUCUCCGGUUAUUUUUAUCCGCCGGAAUUUCUCCUCCCACCGUCUCUUCUUCUCGCUGCCGCUUACGGUUGUUCUUCUUCCGGCUAUACUUUUUUCCCCUGUUCUUCAAGAUGAUUGGAUCGUUUCUUACAAGAGGAUUGGUGAUGGUGUUGGGCUAUGCUUACCCUGCGUAUGAAUGCUACAAGACUGUUGAAAAGAAUAGGCCUGAGAUUGAACAGCUUCGCUUUUGGUGCCAGUACUGGAUAUUGGUUGCUUGCUUGACAGUUUUUGAGAGAGUUGGUGACGCUUUUGUUUCAUGGGUUCCAAUGUACAGUGAAGCUAAGUUAGCAUUCUUCAUAUACCUGUGGUAUCCGAAAACAAGGGGCACUACAUAUGUCUACGAGUCCUUCUUUAGGCCAUAUCUCUCACAGCAUGAGAAUGACAUAGACCAUAGCUUGUUGGAGCUAAGGACAAGAGCUGGAGAUAUGGCGGUUAUAUACUGGCAACGAGUUGCAAGCUAUGGUCAGACCAGAAUCUUUGAGAUUUUGCAGUAUGUCGCCGCACAAUCAACUCCAAGGCCGCAGCCACCUCAGAAACGCGGAGGCAGAGCUAAUCAAGCUCCUCCUAAGCCUAAGAAAGCCCCUAACGUUCAACCAGAAUAUGAAGAAGCAGAGUUGCCCUCGUCGUCUAGCUCAUCUUCAAGCGAUAAUGAAGGUAAUGAGACUACUGUUAAAGCAGCAGGCCCUUCAAAACCGGCGUCCGCGCCUGUCGCCGAUACGAAAACCGCUCAGAUAGUACAAAAAUCAGUCUCUUCUCCAACUGUACACCCAGCAACCCAAGUGGAAACGGAACCAAUGCAGAUAAAAGAAGUAGAAGCGGAAUCGGUGAACGAAAUCUCUAACACGGAAGGUCCAAAGGAGACGGUAAUGGAGCAGACAAUCAGGAUAACUCGUGGGAGGUUGAGAAAGACGCGAUCAGAGGAGACCCGUUGAAGAAAAGGUUAUUGUUAAUUACUUACAUAACAUUUGUCUCUCGUUCUCUCUCUCUCUCUCUCUUCUUUCUAGAAUUACGUUGACAGGGCACUAAUUGACUAGUGGGAAUGCUUGUACGGAAAGUAAAUUUGGUUCUCUCUUUAUUUCAUUCGAUUCGUUACGUUAAGUGUAGAGACGACUCUCCUGUUUUGUUUGUUUGUCCUGGUUUGUUAAAAAGGUACAACUACUUGAGAGUAGAAAU